UCCAGUGAGUCGGCUCUUCACAUCAGGUGGCCAAAGUACUGGAGCUUCAGCAUCAAGAAAUUGAGACCAUCAAAAAAACCUGUAGGAAGAUAUUUUGGACCUGACAGUUGUGUAUUUCCUGACAGAGAUCUUUGGUCUUAUCUAACUGUGUUUAUACUUUGAGGAUGCUGAUCUGUUGGAUGGUUUUGGUACUUUCCCCUAGAUUCCACUACGCAUCCUUCCAACACCUAAUUUUUCCUUUCAGAGAUAAAUGGUACCCAGAAAAUAGCUGGGUGGAAAAUUUGGACACUGACUCUUCUUUCUUGAAGUUAAAAUCCUUACCUAUGAUUGACAAAAGAAUAGAUCAGUGGGACAGAAUAGAGAACCCAAAAAUAGGUCUAUACAAACAUAGUCGACUAGUUUUUGACAAAGGAAAAAGCAAUUUAGUGGAGGAAACUUAGACUUUUCAACAAGUGAUGCUGGAGCAAUUGGACAUGCAUAUGCACAAAAAUGAACUUGGACACAGACCUUACACCUUACACAAAAAUUAACUGAAAAUGAAUCAUAUAUCUAAAUGUAAAACACAAAACGAUAAUGUUUUCUGGAAGAAAACAUUAGGAGAAAAUCUUUGUCACCUGGGUUUUGGUGAUGAGAUAUAAACAUCAAAAGCAUGAUUAAAUGAAAGAAAAAAAUAGACUAGUUAGAUUUUGUUAAAAUUUAAAAACGCCUUUCUAUGAGAGUGAAAAGACAAAUUACGGACGGGGGGAGGGUCUUGGCAAAAGACAUCCAAUAAAGGACUUGUGUCAAAAGUAUACCAAAAACUCUGAAAACUCAACAAUAAAGACACAAAUCAGUUGAAAAAUGAGCAAAGGGUGUGAACAGGUAGCUCUCCAAAGAAGAUAGGCAGAUGGCAAGUAAGCAUAUCAAAAGAUGCUCCAUGUUAUUUGUUAUUAGACAUGGAAGUUAAAACAGAAAUGAGAUAACACUUCCCAUGUAUUGGGAUGGCUAAGAUCCAGCUCACUUAUGGCACUAAGUGCUGGAAGGAUGUGGAGUAACAGAUGCUCUCACUCAUUGCUGGUGGAAAUCCAAAAUGGUAUAGCCACUUGCGGCGGGGGGGGGGGAGUAGUUUGGUGGUAAAACUAAACAUAGUCUUACUGGAUGAUCCACCAGUCAUGGUCCUAGGUAUUUACCCAAGUGACUUAAACUGUAUGUGAGUGUUUAUAGCAACUUUAUUUACAGUUGCCAGAAAUUGGGAACAAACAAGAUGUCUUUUGGUGGGUGAAUGGAUAAACAGGCUGUGGUACAUCCCAACAGGGAAAUACUAUUCAGCUAAAAGGAAUGAGCUAUCAAGCCAUGAAGCUUGAUAGCUAGAGAGAAAUGAAUCGCAACUCUGUGUUGUUAAUGUAAGAAGCUCCUCUGAAAAGGCUACAUGGUCUAUGAUUCCAUAUAUGUGACAUCCUGGGAAAGGCAAAGCUAUAGAGGUGGUCAGCACACCUGACCACUUUGUUGCUAGGUGGUUGCUAGGGAUGUGGAGGGAAGGGGUAGCAGGUUGAAGAGGGGAAGCAUAGGAUGUUUUUUAGGGUGGUGAAAGUGUUCUUAAAUUACGGUAAUGGUAGAAUACAUGGUGCUAGACAUUUGUCAAAUCCUGUAGAGCUUUACAAAGAGUGAGCCUUCAUGUAUGCAAGGGUAAGAGGUCAGGUGACCUCAGGUUUAAAUGCUGAUUGUGACAAAACAAUGUAACCAUAGUAACCUCACUGAAAGGGGUGGGGCAAAGAUAUGCCUACCUGUCUAACUCUGGAGAGGGAUGAAGACUGCAACUGAAGGCAGAAGAACCUACAUAGGCUAUGUAGUCAAGGUUUUCUUAUACAAUUUCUGAAAGAACUGGCAAAAUAUCAUCAGAAUAAAGAAAGUUGCAAUAUGGAAACUCAGACAAGUUCAACAUUUCCCGUCAAAGACUCUCUUGCGGAGAAGCUUCAACUUAUUGACAAUGAGUUUGCAGGUGCUUGCCCUCAGCAGCCAAAGUUAGAAUCCUUAGAAAUCAAGUUAAACGAAUAUAAGAGGGAAGUAGAACAGCAGCUACGGGCAGAAAUGAGUCAGAAGUUGAAAUACUUUAAAGAUACUGAAAUCGUGAAAAUUAAAAUGGAAGAAAAAAGGAAGUAUGAGAAGGAGCUUGCUGAGUUCCAGAACGAAUUUGAGAGAACUUGUCAAGCAAAAUCUGAAGCCCUGAUGUCUCAGGAAAAGAUAACCAUAGAGAGAAUUCAAAAGCACCAGGAGAAUGAAACAAAAGAAAUCUAUGCUCAAAGGCAGCUUCUACUAAAAGACAUAGAUUUGCUGAGAGGCAGAGAAGCUGAGCUGAAGCAAAGAAUUGAAGCCUUUGAAGUUGCCCAGAGGCUGCAAGAAGAAAAAAAUAAAAGCGUGAGUGAUGGACUGCAGAGGCGGGAGUUGACUAUAAAGAGUAUCGAGGAGACCUAUGACCAAAAGCUCAAGAACGAACUUCUAAAGUAUCAACUUGAACUGAAGGAGGACUAUAUCACUAGAACCAACAGACUGAUCGAAGAUGAAAGGAAAAAUAAAGAGAAAGCUAUACAUUUGCAAGAGGAACUUGCAGCUCUUAAUUGUAAAAAGGAAGAACUUGAUCAUUCUGUAAACCGUGUGAAAGAACUCGAGCUUGAAUUGGAGUCUGUCAGAGCUCAAUGUUUGGCGUUAACAAAGCAAAACCACAUGCUAAGCGAGAAGGUUAAAGAGAUGAGUGACUAUUCUCUACUGAAAGAAGGAAAACUGGAGCUUCAGGCACAAAAUAAACUACUUAAACAACAAGUGGAAGACAUGAAAAGUGAAAACAUGCAUCUCCUAAACUGCAUAGCUCAGCCGUCUCCCGAACUGCUGAUUUUUCAGAAAGAAUUAAAGAAAGCAGAACAUGCUAUUGCAUUUGAGCAUAAGGAUUUUGAAACCCACAAGCAAGCUCUACAAAAACAGCUUCAAAGCGAGAUUGAGCGCUCUGCCCAGCUGAAGGCCCAGGUAUUAGAAUAUGAUGCUUCUGUCAAGAGGUUAACUACACAGAUUUCAAUUUUAAAAUUGCAACUAAAACAAACUCAGACAGCACUAGAGAACGAAGUGUACCACAACCCGAGGCACUCUCUGCUGAAUCGCUCCAUCAGCGGGUUAAUGAGCACCAGGGUGGGACCUCGUGAUGGCGACAUCAGUUGGGAUUUCUUGAAAAAUCCUCUGAGACAAGAGGAGGCAACAGCAGGCCCAGUUACACUGCAGAUCCCCAGAUACCCAAAUACCAGCGCAGAGGGAAGUUCCCCUGAUUCCGACCUCGAGUUUGUAGCCAGUACUAAGGUAAGGGUGAGAGAGCUGGAGCAGGAAGCAGAGUGCCUGGAAAAAGCUUUCCAGAACUACCAUCAAAGGGUCAGUCAGUGCCCUGCCAAGAGCCGCUUGGCAGCCAGGAGCCCACCCUCGCUGUGUCUGCCGGGGACUCUCAAGAACAUCACUGCAGCUGUUCCCGAGAGGUGUGUUUUUAUGGACGCCAGAGUCACCUCUCAGCAGCCUCCGGUAAGCACGCGCGGAGGGGAUGAGAGCGAGGUGUCCGAGGUGCCCAGCAGCAUGGCCUCAGGGUCACACAAGAGCACAGCCUCCAGACGACUCUCCUCCACGCCACUCCCCAAAGCGAGAAGCCUCGAUAGUGAAACGUACCUGGAAGGUCUGGGCCGGUCCACUGUCACCACCACCUGUCCUGACAGAAAGCCACAGCCUUCGCCUGCAGAGUCCAGGCACAUUUCGGUGCACUCGCUCUCCAGCCUUCUGGAGCAGAAAGCCAGUCUUUAUCAAAGACAUACAGAACUUCAAGACAAAAGUGAAUUUUCAAAUCCGGACAAGCUAGUUUUUAAGGAUAACAAGGGAUUUGAACCAUCUUUUGAAUAUGGAUGGAGUGUGCCAAGGCAGUUCGAGAGAGAGGGCCUCCAUCAUGCCGGCAACAUGCCUCACGUGGAUGGCGCUGCAGCCCCUGUGCCCACCAGGCCCAUCUCCUUUCAGUACCCAGGUGUCAACCAGAAAUCGCUUGGAGAACAGAAGGAAGAAGAAAAACUCCAAGAGCAGCAGGCCAGGGAACGAAAGCAGGGAGACGAGCAGAGGCAGAGCAAGUGGCAGGAAACUCUGCAGAGGGAGCAACGAGAACUCGAAAAGCUGGAUCAGGAGAAGAGGCUAAUUGAACAAUCAUUGAAGUUGGAAAUUGAAAAAGAAUACGAAUCAAGUGUUCAUGAAAUGAAAGACAAAUCUAAAUCUGUUAGUGGUGAAAAUCCUUUAGAGAAAUACAUGAAAAUCAUGCAACAGAAUCCAGACGAGGACACCACGGAUAAGAGUUCCAAAAAGGUGGUCCGAGAGAGCUCACAGUUGGACACGCUGCCGUCUAGUGACACCAAAGACAAAAGUUUUGCAGCCUUUUCUCACGAGGAACCAGAUGACAUUUGGUAACCAUGUUGGCUGCCCAGCUUCUUACUCCAAUAUCAUAACUAACGGCCUGUGAGUUCUCUGUAAUGAGACAGACUGCUUAAUAAAAAUCAUGUGCAAUCCA